UAUUGAUUGCAUCUUCGAGUAGACAAAUGCAGCGCUUGUGCUUUGCAGUCUUCUUGGGGCUGCGGUGAAGCUGAGCUGAAGGAUGCUGCUUUAACUCAACGUCACAUCAACUUUGAUCAAUAACCCCCCUACUGGUCCCUUUGCAGGAGCCUUUAUUCAUCUGAUCCCUUUUGGUUUUCUGCCUCCCUUUUUUUUUCUCACCACCAUCUUUGGGAGAGGAGGAAAAAGUCCCCCUGGCUCUCUCCUAUACUGAGAAGGGGGCUGAAUAGCUCUGGUCUGCAGUCAAUGGAACUGUCCGAGGUGCUGUAAAGAAGACACAAAGCGAAGUGAACGUUUCACUCCAAGCCCUGGCUGUCUCAGUUUCGUUUUAGAAAUUGAAUUUUAAAAAAAGGCUGUGAAAAAUGGGGCAAAAUCACAUCCAGACUGUCUUCCUUCUGCUGGUGAGCCUUGGAGGGGAAAGCUUUGCAGGAUUCCCUAACACUAUCAAUAUAGGUGGACUAUUCAUGAGAAAUACAAUUCAGGAACACAGUGCAUUUUUAUUUGCAGUGCAGCUGCACAACACAAACCAAAAUAACACAGAAAGGCCCUUCCAGCUGUUCCAUCAUGUAGACCACUUAGAUUCAUCCAACAGUUUUUCUGUGACAAAUGCAUUUUGUUCCCAGUUUUCUCGUGGAGUGUAUGCCAUCUUUGGAUUCUAUGAUCAGAUGUCCAUGAACACAUUGACCUCUUUCUGCGGCGCCCUUCACACAUCAUUUAUUACACCAAGCUUCCCUACUGACGCUGAUGUGCAGUUUGUCAUUCAGAUGCGACCACCCCUUAAAGGAGCCAUUCUGACUCUUCUUCACGAAUAUGACUGGCAAAAAUUUGUUUACUUGUAUGAUACAGAGAGAGGAUUUUCCAUUCUUCAGGCCAUUAUGGAAGCAGCCGUACAGAACAACUGGCAAGUGACAGCCAGAUCAGUGGGGAAUAUAAAAGAUGUUCAAGAGUUUAAACGCAUCAUCGAAGAAAUGGAUAGACGUCAGGAAAAAAGAUUUGUGAUAGACUGCGAAGUUGAGCGAAUAAACACGAUUUUGGAACAGGUUGUAAUCCUCGGCAAACACACAAGAGGCUAUCACUAUAUGCUCGCAAACCUGGGUUUCACAGGCGUCACACUGGACAGAGUUAUGCACGGUGGAGCCAACGUGACUGGAUUUCAAAUCGUGAACAAUGAAAACCCAAUAGUGCAGCAAUUUGUACAGAGAUGGGUACGUCUGGAUGAGAGGGAGUUCCCUGAGGCAAAGAACGCACCUUUAAAGUACACAUCUGCACUGACACACGAUGCGGUGUUAGUGAUAGCCGAGGCUUUUCGAUAUCUGCGAAGGCAGCGGGUGGAUGUUUCAAGAAGAGGAAGUGCUGGAGACUGUCUGGCAAACCCAGCCGUGCCUUGGAGUCAAGGAAUCGACAUAGAAAGAGCACUCAAAAUGGUACAAGUGCAGGGGAUGACUGGGAACAUCCAGUUUGACACGUACGGGAGAAGAACUAACUACACUAUUGAUAUUUAUGAAAUGACAGCCACUAAACCCCGUAAGGUUGGACAUUGGAAUGAAUAUGAACGUUUUGUGCCUGCUCCUGAUCAGCAACCUGCAAAUGACUCUUCCUCUGUUGAAAAUAAAACCAUCGUAGUCACAACUAUUUUGGAAAACCCAUAUGUUAUGAAAAAGAAAAACUAUGAGCAACUGGACGGCAACGAUAAGUAUGAAGGAUACUGUGUGGACUUGGCAAGUGAAAUCGCAAAGCACGUUGGCAUAAAGUAUAAGCUGUCGAUAGUAGAGGAUGGUAAAUAUGGGGCUCGAGACCCGGAAACUAAAAUAUGGAAUGGAAUGGUGGGCGAACUCGUAUAUGGGAGAGCGGAUAUAGCCGUCGCCCCUCUGACCAUUACUCUGGUACGAGAAGAAGUGAUUGAUUUUUCAAAACCAUUUAUGAGCCUGGGCAUCUCCAUCAUGAUUAAGAAGCCUCAAAAAUCCAAACCAGGAGUAUUCUCUUUCCUGGAUCCAUUGGCCUAUGAAAUUUGGAUGUGUAUAGUCUUUGCAUACAUUGGAGUCAGUGUAGUUCUUUUCCUAGUCAGCCGAUUCAGUCCCUAUGAAUGGCAUUUGGAGGACACCGAUGAAGCACGGGACCCUCAGAACCCUCCUGACCCGCCAAAUGAGUUUGGGAUAUUUAACAGCCUUUGGUUUUCCCUGGGUGCCUUUAUGCAGCAAGGGUGCGAUAUUUCUCCAAGAUCACUCUCCGGGAGAAUAGUUGGAGGAGUGUGGUGGUUUUUUACCUUAAUCAUAAUCUCUUCCUACACUGCAAACUUGGCUGCCUUCCUUACAGUGGAGAGGAUGGUGUCUCCAAUAGAGAGUGCAGAGGAUCUCGCCAAACAAACAGAAAUUGCUUACGGGACAUUGGAUUCAGGAUCUACCAAAGAAUUCUUUCGGCGGUCAAAAAUAGCCGUCUACGAAAAAAUGUGGUCAUACAUGAAAUCAGCGGAGCCAUCCGUGUUUACUAAAACAACUGAUGAUGGUGUCGCCCGUGUACGGAAAUCCAAAGGAAAAUUUGCCUUCUUGCUGGAAUCCACGAUGAAUGAAUACAUUGAGCAGAGGAAACCUUGCGAUACGAUGAAAGUCGGAGGAAACCUGGACUCCAAAGGCUAUGGCGUGGCAACUCCAAAAGGCUCAGCAUUAAGAACUCCUGUAAACCUUGCAGUAUUGAAACUCAGUGAACAAGGCAUCUUAGACAAGCUGAAAAACAAAUGGUGGUACGAUAAGGGUGAAUGUGGAGCCAAGGACUCCGGAAGUAAGGACAAGACAAGCGCAUUAAGUCUAAGUAAUGUCGCAGGGGUGUUUUAUAUACUGGUUGGAGGUCUUGGAUUAGCCAUGAUGGUGGCCUUGAUAGAAUUCUGCUACAAGUCACGGGCAGAAUCCAAAAGAAUGAAAAUCACAAAGAAUGCACAAAACUUUAAACCUCCACCAGCAACCAGCACCCAGAAUUAUGCUACAUACAGAGAAGGCUACAACGUCUAUGGAACAGAAAGUGUUAAAAUUUAAGGGUGUUUAACAGAAAGAAUGAAGAGAUAGGAUGAACGUAUGAGAACAAGGCUUCCUCUUAGAUCCUGACCACCUGAGCCAGUUAAACCCUUUCUUUGGUGUCAGGGAUGACACAAACUGCUGAUGGUGCAGAACUUUUAGUAGAAAGAACUGAUUUUUUUUGUUUCCUUCAGUGCCUUACGGACCAUUCUGAGACUCCAAACAAUGCAAAUCAUCACUGAAACGCUAAUGCUUUGCUUGAAAACAAACAUGUAAGCUGGCCACAAGUCAAGACCUUCGUGUACAAAAAUGUACUCUCGUAAAGUACAAGUUCGAUAAAAGCCAUUGUUAAUAGCACUCUACAGGGCCUUGUAUGCUCUGUAUGCACUUUAAAGGUGCAUUCAGUCUUUCUUGUGGUUAGAAAACACAUUUCUACUAUAGGUAAACAUAUAUUUGUAUUACAUUCAGUGUAGCCACUUUGCUAUAUGUUUGACUGAAAGCAGUCAUACUGCCAGGGGGAAGAACAUGCAGAGAAAUCCAUUAAUGCCAAUAUAGGCACAUAACGUUCAAUGUGAUAACGCAAAAUAAAAUAAAUAAGUACGGGAAUGCUGACAUUUUA